AUGCCUGCUCGUGUGUCCAUGACAUCGACUGCAGUGCAAACGGAGGAGAUUCGGGUUGACUUGCGGCUGGCUAAGCUCCCCGCCCACUUGCAUCCCUCCGCCAUUAUGUCCAGACCUGUUUCGCCAGCCGUUUCGUCCGUUGAUCAGCACGUUGAGAAAGCUAGACAGUUCACUCCAGUACCAGGAAACCUGCCACCUCGGAACCCAAGGCGACUGACCAACAAGCACAGUGUGUCCGAGAUCCCAUCCUCCCCACCUGUUGUAGCAUCCCCGGUUUUGGAAGAUAUGUAUGACGCCUACCCUGGGAUCAACGAUGAUGGGCCGCUGUCCCACUACGACGCUCCUAUGCGCAGACUACACCGGAUUAGCAGCUUGUUUGCCGGUUUCAAUGGACAUAGCUCGGACGAGGAAGACUUCAUGGAUCCGGCGGAUCACAGUGAUUCGGAAUAUUGCACAGCUCUAUCUGCUCCCCGGCCCAUGACCAACUCUAGCUUUGGCAAGCGGAGCUCGGGAAGCGGUGCCCUGAUGAGCUCACCAGAGCAAACCUUCUCGCAAAGGACCGCUGGAGUGCUUAACACUCUUCGCAGACUUGAAGAGAAGGAGAUCAACACUCCAGAUGUCUUCGACUCUGUCAGUAUUUUCCAUCAACGCGAUAACCGCGAUUUGGCCCUGGUUCGAACUGCUUCCAGGCGCUCAGGACGAUCAACCGCUUCCAAGGCAAAUGGGAUGCGCAGGGCUGCCUUGGUACAAAGCGGCAUCGUCUCCCACUCUCUGGCAAGAACCCCAAGCUUUACCACGGACGCUGCGGAACCGCCAUUCCCGAUUCCAAAACGAGCUAGUUCGAGGAAGCCUCUCAAUGCCAGUAGCCCGAGCGAGGGUCGCGGCGUAACUCGCAUGAGAAGUAGUGAGGGGAUUCACAGGCGAGGUUCAAGUCGUGGUCCUUAUCGGGCAAACAGCAUCCGGAAAGCCCGUCCGCCAUCGGCAGUCUCGCGUAAGAGAAGCCAGCGGCGUGCGAGCCGGUCCCCUCCGCCCUUCAUGCCCCCGACCCAAGCACCCGACAGCCCUGAUCUACCUCCUCUGCCGCGCAACGCUAUCAGCAACCCCAAGAAGACCGAUUCGUUAGGGCGGUCGACAGCGGCGGCGAACAUGGACGAUCUGCCAGGUCGCCCUACGAGUAACUCAAAUCAGUCGACUAGUGUUGUUGAUGCUAUUGCCAAGACCAUGGUUGGUGAAUGGAUGUUCAAGUAUGUCAGAAGACGGAAGUCGUUUGGCAUGAUGGACAAGAAUGGCGAUGACAGCAGCAACGAGCGCCACAAGCGAUGGGUAUGGAUAGCCCCCUACGAGCGCGCGAUCCUCUGGAGUAGCAAACAGCCUUCAUCCGGGAGCGCGUUGUUGGGUAAAUCCGGACGCAAAUUGAUUAUCCAAUCUGUUCUUGACGUGAAGGACGAGAAUCCAGCUCCCAAGGGAUCCGGCCCGCUCUUCAACAGAUCCAUCCUGAUCUUGACACCUCAAAGAGCACUGAAGUUUACGGCAAUCGAUGCUGAACGACACUAUCUCUGGCUAACAGCCUUAUCAUUCCUGGCUCAUUCGAAUCAAGCCAUUCCGGAGAACCUCGCGGUCCCAGACCCGAACCCGCAGCCUGAGGUGUUCGAGCUGCCCAAGCCCAAGCCGGUGGCAGUACCACCAACGGCACAAGCGCCCACAUCCGUACCGGUUCCCAAGCCCAAGGCGCGAAGACCUAUCCGUGAUUCUAUUCGGUUGACAAAGGCGAAGGCUGCUAUCAUUCCGACGGGACCUGACAGGAUCUUCCCACUGCAAAACGAUGAAGACGAUGCCGUUCCCCCAAGCAUCCCGACCUUCCGACCUACACUGGCCGAGUCUUACGACUUUAACCCGGUGGUAAUGCACAAUCGUGAAGAGUCUUAUGAUUCCACCAUACCUCCUGCCAUUCCUCGGUUCAACGACCGGAACCUGCACGCUGCGCUGCAUAAUCGCAAGCGUAGUAGCACUGGUGGCUAUCUCCCACCGCCGAUCUCUUAUCGAGGGUUCUCGGGGCCGAUGGGUGGAAGCUCCCAUGCGCCGUCUGAUAGUACAGCCGGCAUGAGUGUUGCCGGCUCGUCUGAUAUCUUCAGCAAUGCCGGAGCACCGAGCAUCAUGGGCUCCAGCAUCUUGGGCUCAAGUGGCAUGACAUGGGGAACCGGGUCUGUGUCCCGUGUGUCGGAGACAUCAAGUCGACCUAGUGUUCCCAACUUCUUUGACGCGAUUGGAACUGUGCGUAUGGAAGCAUUCAUACAGCCGAUGGCUUUCACCAAAUACGAUGACGACCAGGAGAGUUAUCGUCACAUGAACCGCCGCCGAAGCAAGGAGUUCCGAAGAAGACACAGCCGGAGCUGGCAGAGGGAUAGCAUCCUGAGUGGAAACACUCGGAUCACACUCGGCAGCGAUCCCAUUGAGGACUAUGGGUACGACAGAGAUGACCCGUUCAAGGGGUUCUAA